AUGAUUAUUCACUCCCGCGUAGAUCUACAGUUUGCAGUUCGCAAGGUCUGGUUCUCAGAGUCGGCUGGCAGCAUGCAUUCCUAGGUGAAAAUGUGAUCUGCUUGAACAAACCAGACAAAGAGAGGCGCAAAGAGACUUGAGAUUCAUCAUCAGUCUCUUCCCUUCGCCGCAAAGGCUAGGUUACGGGUAUUGCACCGGUCUCAGCGAGAUUUCAUGCACUCAUUCUUGUCACGGUUCACCGUUGAACUUUUUUGGCUGAGGCUCUGUAGCUCGUAGACUUUACACUUCACACUCUAUUUCGAUCAGGUUGAUCGAGGUGGUAGACUUGCCAGCAGCCCGGAGAGCGUACAAAUACGAGAUGGCCGAGGUCAACUUCAAUUCAGCAUCGCACAGUGUCCAGCUGACGACCAGUAAUCCGCAUUCUUCCUCUCGUCACUCAACGCAGCGCUUCGGCACCUCCCUUCGUGUCUCAAAGUUGAGCUAUUUCGUCAAGCGGCCAAAAAAAGUGACUAGGAGAGGAUGUUUACCAUGUGGCAAGAGACGCAGUGGCGAAUAUACAGAAAUUGAAGGUGCUGAUGAGGGCUCAGACUCGUCUGCCGCAGUGCUCAACGAGGUUUCCUUGGUCUUACCAAGCGGUGGGAUGAUGGCUGUUCUAGGAAACUCCGGGAGUGGCAAGACUUCGCUACUGGAUUGCAUUGCUCAGCGGACAGUGAGUGGCAGUACAACCACUGGAACUGUCUUCAUGGACUGCCAGCUAAUGACACCAGCGCUGUUCCGCGCCCGUGGUGCCUACGUUAUGCAGGAUGACACAUUGCUACCGUUUCUUACUGUUCGUGAGACACUGAGCUAUGUGCUGAGACUAAGGCUGGCCUGUUCUAAGCAGGAACGUGAGGCAAAGAUCGACAAUAUCAUUUCCGAGCUUGGUCUCAAGUCCGUGGAGGACAGUAUGGUGGGCGGCACUGAAAUCCGGGGCAUAUCCGGAGGAGAGCGCCGACGGGUGAGCAUAGCCAUACAGCUGCUUAUUGACCCAGGCCUUCUCCUCCUGGAUGAGCCCACGUCAGGCUUGGACAGUCACACAGCGCAUCACUUGAUCGUCAUGCUGUCACAGCUUGCUGCAGCUAAACGCCACACCAUUAUGCUUACCAUUCACCAGCCUCGCUCUGAAAUGCUGGACGUAUUUGACAAGGUUAUGAUUCUAUCCAGAGGAUAUACAACCUACGCAGGACCAGCGCAUGUUCUGGUGGACUAUUUCACCUCAAUCGGUCACCCAUGCCCGGCGUACACUAGCCCUCUGGACGAAUACGUGGAUAAAUGCAGUGUGGACACACGCGACACACAGACCAUGUACUCAUCGAUGGAGCGUAUGAAGGAGCUAACCGAAGCCUACCGGGGAUCAGAUCUUGCCGAGAAGAUGUCUCGCACCACACUUACUGAAGAUGAAGACCCAGAUUCGUUCAAUUCAUCACCGGUGGAUCCCCUGAACAAGAGGAACACUCCAAACUGGCUCUAUAAAGCCAUUACCCUUGCAAGCCGAAUGAACGUUGACCUCCUCCGCGCCAAGACGGGUAUGAAAAUGCGCGCCUUCCAGAUGUUCAUCUACGGCAUAACGCUGUUUAUCUUCGUUCUGCGACUGGGCAAGGACCAACAGAGUAUACAGGAUCGCUCUGGCGUCUUCUAUCUCGUCACCAAUGUGCCACUGUAUAUGGGAAUGCUGGCUGGCAUUGCUCUGUUUCCUUCACUGCGCGCCUCCAUGAACCGAGAAGUGCGUGACGGCCUGUACAGCGUACCCCUGUUCAUGCUCGGCUAUCUCGUACACAUGCUACCCUUCGUUCUCCUGAGCUCUCUACUCUUCUCGUCUUCUUUCUAUUGGGCGACGGGGUUUGUCAAGAGUGGCGACGCCUUUGUCGGUUUCACCGUGGUGGUGCUGUGUUCACAGUUCAUAGGCGAGGUCGUAGCCCUGCUCAUGCUGGCGCUAUUCAACAGUGCCAUUAUGGCAAACAGCAUGUCGGCACUGCUCUUCACAUUCACAUCUGUCCUCUGCUCCGGGUACCUGAGGAACAUCGAAAGCAUGGCCAAAGGAUUCAGAUACCUCACGUACAUGGGAGCUCAGAAGUACGCUGGCGAGAUCCUGGCGGCUGGGGAAUUCAGCAGACGGAACUUCACAUGUCCAAGCAGCAACUCGAGUACAGAAACCAUACCAUGUAGAUUUCCGACUGGAAGCUCCUACCUUGCAGCGAACUUUCCCCAUGCCGAGGAGGAUCUCCAUCGAAACUACGCCUGCCUGUUCGGAUUCUGUGUUGGUCUGUAUCUACUGGCAAUAUUGAUGUUCUCCGUGAAGAGUACAAACAAACGGCGCCGGCAGUGAGGAGAAAAACACCGGGAAACACCCCAUGAAGCCUAGGCUAGCCAACAGGAUCAUGUAACUGUUACACACCCAAGAGGAUUUUCUUACAUACAAGUAUUAAAAUUAAUAUAAAAUCUCCAAGUAGCCUGAUAAUGAUCAGCAAGUUCAAAUUCAACUCGGUUGAGCUGCUCGUUUGCUUGUUUUAAUUGUAUUCUAUUUUCGUCACGCGUUUUAUAUCGCAUAUGUUUUAUAUCGCCAUCAAUAUCCUGUUUGGCUGUUGUCGCUUCGGCUUAUGCGAAAGCUAUACAUGCUGUGUAUAUCUACAUUGCAUUGAUGCCAACGCGGAGAAGCUUCUAAUAAUAAUAAUAAUAAUAAUAAGUAGUAACUUAGCAGGGACAAUGGAUCCACGUACUCGCUUGAUAGAAUGUGAAUACUUUGCUAUUAGUUCUGCUGUCACUAUGUUUGUAGCUGGCUUCCCAAUGAUUCUCAGCCAAGACGAAACGUUGUUAGACAAUGUGGCUCCUUCUUGCACUGAACUUCCACAAUCACUCUUACAUUUUAUUGUAUUUACCGGUACAAUGUUGUAAGUUGAUUGGUCCCCCCCCCCCCCCCCCUGUUCCCUUACACCUCCCUCCUGUCCUGACACACUGUGACAGCUAGAGAUGAAGAAUUUUAGGCUAAAUGCAUAUUGCAUAUGCAUCCCUCGAAGUACGUACACGUCGAUGCAAAUUUUAUUAGGCAAUUUCUUUUCUUUCUCCAAUGAAGUAAAAAAAAGAUGAUAUUCUUCUUCUUUUUACAUGUACAUUUCACACAUUUCUCUCGCAUGUUUGUUACUACAGGUGAAAUCCUGAUAAUUCGAACCUCAAAAUGCCAGGGAAAAACUUCUAAUUAUCCGGACAUUCUAAUUAUCCAAACAUGAACCCACAACACAAUAUGUAUGUCAAAAUGCUCUCAUGGUCACGCAGAGUUGCGCUAUGGACCUUAGACACAAAUUUUACGGACACUGAACUGACCGGCACAGACUGCUCGUGCAAACUGAACUGACCAGUACAGUGUACAGUGAACUUCGAAUUACACUUUGCUAACUUCAAAUUAUCAGCACAAAUCCCACACAUUUUCUAUGUAAGUGGAAUCUGUGGGACUUCUAAUUAACCGGACAUGUCCAGUUCGAGGUAAAGACACACCUGGCAAUAUGGCGGUAAACACACGAGUCAAGCUCCGUAUGAAGACAUCCAAGAAGAAGAUUGCCUGAUGAGUCCAGCGGGGACGAAACGUACGUCGCAAUCGAGCUAUGUCGUUGCUGUGUCAUCAUCUAUGUGCCAUGCGCUACUUGAUGUACCAGCCUGCUAUGCCGGAUACCGCCAGCCAUGCAUCGACCAGGCGCCAGGCGCGAACUGA